UCUGGUUUACACAACAGCAUCAUAUCUGGAGCUAAUCUAAGGACUAAAAGUAAUGUGUGGUUCGGAGAACCGAGCAUGUCAAAAACAUUCUACGAUACCACAACAGAUGACAACUUCCAUCCAGUCACCGUGCCCUACACCUAUAACCGAGCCAAGUUCUACAAGGAUAGCGACAUCCCCUUGAACUACUAUGAAAAGAGUGAAGCUAAGCACACAUCCUCAUGGACAGAUUACAAGAACCCACACCGAGGGAAGACUGUACCCAACCCAGUGGCUAUCAAUAAUUUGAGAAAGUCCAACAUUUUGCCCCCACUCAGUGGCCCCCAGAAACACAGCACUACCCACCAAGUGACCUUCACCCCUAAGGAAUCAGAAGUCUACAGCUAUGACGCGGGGAGGCUACAGAAGAGUUCUGUCCCCUUGGGGACUAUGAGUGCAUAAUUCUGUGUCUAUUCAAAGUUUACAUAUGAUGUAAUUAUAACUAGAAGUUUGAUUUGGUGUAAUGUUGUUGCAGUCUGUUUCUGUUCCAUCUAGAUAGAAAGGG